AUGUUCCAAUUCGACGCCGUAGACCCGGAUUUUCAACAUGGGAGUUCUUCCCAGCACCGAGUUUCAGUUAAUGAUGACAGUUGGAUUUCCCCUGGAUUCGCAAGUGUUUCUUCGACAACUACCAUGACAACUACAAUUCAGAAGGAAACUCAAAGAUCCAUCACUGUCACAAGCAGCACAGCGAGCGUCUUUAAAUCUACCCAAACACAACCUCCAGCGCAUAGGCGACGCUCGAGUGUCGUCCUUCAAGGUCAACGAGCACUCCUUUUCGUCGAUCAAGAGGCAGGAACCAUCGUCAAUGGAUCGGCUGUCGAAACCGAGAAGGAGGAUAGGUCUAGAGCUGCCAAACCUACCAACGCUGACUCUCUUGCUGUGGAUGAUGGAGAUAGGAAAUCAAGGUCCAAGAGCCGCAAGAGGAAAGAUCGGAAGAAGAAGAGUAAACAAAACGCUUCUCGGUCGCCAGCGCCUCCUAUGCCUCUUAAAAUUACGGAGGAGUCGCCAGCCCUGGCACCUCGUAGGGUUGAGACUUUAAAAGCUACCGACAAGGUGCCUUCCUUAGACCUUAAGAAGGAAAACAGCCCUCAUACUUCUCCUAUCUUUAUGAAGCGCGGGGUUUCACCGGCUCCCGUUCGGUCAAACGUGUCUUCUCUAUCAACGUCAUUGAGAGAGGCUAGCAUGGCCGCCCAGAUUCCACAGCUUACGCUUAACACUAAGUUCGGAGCGGAGCAGUUGGCCAAUCAGCUUUCUCUUCAUAACUGCAGUUCGAACUCUUCGGAUGGGCAACCAGAUGAUUCCUAUGAAAUCCCGCUGGAACAUGACUUUGUAUCGUCGUAUGCAAAAUCAAAGAAAUCGCCAACUAGUAGUGGACAACAUAGCGAUGUUGAAGAGGGCUCAACUAACGGGAUCGCGAUCGGCCAAACCUCCCCUGUACCCGAUAGACGCAAGAUGUGUGCUGAAGAUUUUGAACCACUCACGAUGCUUGGGAAGGGAACGUUCGGUACUGUCAUACUUGUUCGACACCGGGCGACCGGGCGCCUCUAUGCGCAGAAGCAGCUUAAGAAGGCCUCAAUCAAAGUUCACAAGCGGAUGAUUGAACAGACCAAGAACGAACGAACAAUUCUUGAAUCUGUUCGUCAUCCAUUCGUUGUGAAGUUAUUUUAUGCCUUCCAAGACCAUCAAAAGCUUUACUUAAUUCUCGAAUAUGCCCAAGGCGGCGAACUUUUCAACUAUCUCGCUGCCGAACGGAUUUUCCCCGAGGAUACAGCAGCAUUCUAUACUGCAGAAAUAAUUCUCGCUCUCGAUCACCUACACCGUAAUGUGGGCGUAGUAUACCGCGAUUUGAAGCCCGAGAAUUGUCUCCUCGAUUCCCAAGGCCACCUACUUCUGACGGACUUUGGGCUGAGCAAGGUUGCUGAAGAUGGUGCAAGGUGCAAGAGCCUUAGCGGUACUCCAGAAUAUAUGGCACCCGAAGUAUUGGAGGGCAAGACAUACGGGUUCGAGGUCGAUUGGUGGAGUCUUGGGGCUUUGUUGUUUGAUUUGCUCACGGGGAGUCCUCCAUUCCCCGGACAAAAUAAUACACAAAUUCUUAAUAAGAUUAAUAAAACUAAGCUCAAACUUCCUUUUUAUCUGUCGCCUGACGCCAAGGACCUUUUGACACGGCUUCUACGCAAAGAGCCAACAAAACGCCUAGGCUACAAAAUGCCGCAGGACCUCGCCACUAUCCAAAAGCACAGAUUCUUCCGCAAGAUCGAUUGGAAGAAAUUGGAGCGUCGGGAAUUAGAACCGCCAAUCUCACCACUGAUUACCGACCCCGCCAUGGCCGAGAACUUUGCCACUGAAUUUACAGAGGCGAGCUUCAGCCCUGUUAUUACUAGGAGUAGCUGGUGGGGCAGGGAUGCAGGGAAGAGGGAGGACGAUGUUCAUUUUGGAGGCUUCAGCUUUGAAGGGGAUGCGGCGAGUUGGAGCGAUAGAUAUUUUAGGGAUUUUUAG